UCCCGGUCGAACGAGGGUCCCUUUCACUCCUUAUCAAUUAUCUCAUCGUCAAAGCUCAACGCUCAACUGCCGUUCAGCCCCUUUCCCGAGAAGAGCCAGCCCAGGCACAAUCCAGGCCGCAAAAAAUUAACGGGAUACGGGAUCGGCACGCACGACUCAACCUGACAUUUCCCAAUUCCCCUUCCACCUGGUCACCCCCCUCCCCAGUUCUUCAAAGCGCCACUGCCCACCAUGAGGCCCUCGCUCUCAAGCGAAAUGAUAGUGUACCAUCAGAGACAUAAAAUCCCACGAGGACCCGGGGACCGCAACCCGUUGCCGAAGCUAGACAGGCCCCUUCGAAGCAUCCUUUAAAGUACCUGAGCCGCCGUCCCGGGACCAUCCCAUCAAGACGGUUUUCAUCCACAUGUUGAUCACCUUCCCUUUUACUCUUUCAUACAUCGCACUCUUCUGAUACUAGUAAGAAGAACUUGCGACGGGCAAAGAUGGGUCUCAUUUCACAACUAUACAGCCUUCGUUGGCUCUUUGCGGCGAUCGUGUUAGCCGUGUACGUCGGCCAGAAGAUCCGGACGUAUAAUCGGCUCAGAGCAUUUAAGGGCCCGGUCCUGUGCGGCUGGACGGAGGCGUGGCAUGCCUGGGCGAUUCUGACUUUCAAGUCUCACCUGAAGUAUGACGAAGUAUGCAGGAAAUACGGGACGAUCGCUCGCGUCGGGCCGAACGAUUUGAUCACAUCCUCACCCGAGCUUCUCGUUUACAUGAGCGGCAUCCGGUCGCCGUACACGCGGACGGAGUGGUACUACCGCGCGUGCCGGCACAUGUCGGAGAAUGAUCACGUCUUUAGUGAGAUGGACGAGGAGAAGCACAGGGUGCUAAGGCAACGGAUGGGAGCCGGAUAUUCUGGCAAAGAGAACCUUGCGCUAGAAGACUCAGUCGACACACACGUGUCGGAGCUGGUCCAACUUAUCCGGUCAAAGUACAUGUCUUCAGAGUUCGCAGCGCGGCCCAUGGACCUGGCCAUGAAGAUGCAGUACCUGACGCUAGAUGUCAUCAGCAACAUCAGCUACGGCAAGCCCUUUGGUGACCUGCGCGCCGACGAGGACAUGUUUGGCGUCGCCGAGUCAGCCGAAGUCGGCAUGACAAUCUUUACUUACAAGAUUGGCCUGGGCCUCUACAAGAUCCUGCAAAAGCCCAUCGUGGCACGCCUUCUAGGUCCCAAGGAGACGGACGCCUCCGGCUUCGGCCGUAUGUUCGCCAACGGCCGCGCCAUCAUCAAGGAGCGCCUUGCGCGCGACACGGAGAAGCGAUCCGAUAUGAUUGCGUCGUUUAUCCGUCACGGUCUCAGCGAGGAUGAGAUCCUUUCCGAAACGACGCUGCAGAUGAUUGCGGGGUCCGAUACCACGGCCGCGUCGCUUCGCAUCAUCAUGCUGUACCUCCUCACACACGCCCGCGUCUACGCGAAGCUCCAGGCCGAGAUUGACGGCUACGUCAGGGACGGCCAGAUUGGGUCCCGGCCAUUGGGCAUCGUCUCGGACGCGGAUAACAGGCGGAUGCCGUACCUGCAGGCCGUCAUCAAGGAGGGCAUGCGCGUGCACCCGCCCGUGACGAAUAUGGACCCCAAGCGGGUGCCGGAUGGCGGCGACACGGUUGUUGUGAACGGCGAGUCGGUAUUCUUGCCGGGCGGAACGAAUAUCAAUGCCGCGGCAUGGCCAAUGCACUUGAGCAAGGAGGUCUUUGGCGAGGACGCGGAUGAAUUCCGGCCUGAGCGGUGGUUGUUGGAGGAGGAUGAGAGGCGGUUGAUGAGUAUGCACCGGGUGCAUGAGCUCAUUUUUGGGUAUGGAAAGUAUCAGUGCCUUGGCCGGCCUAUCGCGAUGAUGGAGAUUGGCAAAACUAUUUUCGAGUUGAUGCGCAACUUUGACUGGUGUCUCGCGAAACCUGAUACACCAUGGAAGGAAGCGAACCACGCCGGUGUCUUCACUCACAACGACAUGUGGGUACUCGCUUCCGAGCGGCCUCAAUUUGAAUGAGAGAGUUCUUUUUGGUUAGGGGUUUGGCUUGAUUGGAGUCUGGCGCGGGUGGAAGAGGUCCAAAUAAACGGACUCAAUAAUGGGAACUUUGGGUUUCGGGGUAACAGGAUCCUAGUUGGCUAGCUGGUUUUCAAAGUCUAUUGUAGUUGGAUGGCGCGGGUUUGAGGUUGGAAAUGUGUUUCCGGGCUAAUCAAUGGCCGGCGGGAUUCACAUUGAUAGAUCGUGGCUGCGGCGCAGCCCGGGGUCCAUUGCCAGUCUAGCCGAUCGCGGUCUGAAGGCCGCCCGGUGGCUUAGGCGAUGGUGAGGAAUGUUUAUGCAGUCAGCAGAAAACCACCAAUGGGGGGGUAUCUGUCAAUACAUAUCAAAAUGUAUUUGAACCUGAGAUCUUCCAUCGAUGUCACUAAAUGCUCAUUUGCACUU